CAGCUUCCUCCUCCUUAAGGUCCUUCUAUUGACUAUAUAUAAAUAUGGCCUUCUUCGGUUAUAAUACAGUCUUAACUCUUGGCCGGACAAGCUGUUGAGAACUUGUGCUGAUAUCUUCCGCUUGGUUCCAUUUAUGGUAUUCAUAUUUGUACCCUUCAUGGAAUUCUUAUUACCAGUGUUUCUGAAACUCUUCCCAGAGAUGUUGCCAUCAACUUUUGAAAGUGAAUCUAAAAAGGAAGAAAGACAGAAAAAGACAUUGGCUGCAAAGUUGGAAGUAGCAAAAUUCCUUCAAGAAACAAUUACAGAAAUGGCAUGGCGGAACAGGGCCAAGUUGGGCGAUGCUUCCACACAGUUCUCAUCCUACAUCAAACAGGUUCAGACAGGCCACAAGCCCAGCACGGAGGAGAUUGUUCGCUUUUCCAAACUGUUUGAGGAUCAGCUGACUCUGGAGCACCUAGACCGACCGCAGCUUGUUGCCCUGUGCAAACUGCUAGAAUUGCAGUCCUUUGGAACCAACAAUUUACUCCGCUUUCAACUCCUGCUGCAGCUGAAGUCAAUAAAAACAGACGACGAAGCAAUUGCCAAGGAAGGCGUGAAUACUUUGAGUGUGUCAGAACUGCAGGCUGCCUGUAGGGCCCGAGGAAUGAGGUCCUUGGGUCUCACCGAGAAACAAUUGAGACAAGCGCUCACAGAGUGGCAGGAUCUCCACCUGAAAGAGAACGUACCUCCUUCUCUCUUGCUCCUAUCACGAACACUUUACCUGUUAGAUGUGAAGCCAAAGCCAGUUGAGAUACCACUAACUGGGCAGACAACAGACAUUCCCUUGGAAUCACUUGCUCCCCCUGCACCUAAAGAGAACUUGGUGGAUGAAGCGCCUCAACCAAAGGGAUCCAAGGAUGAAGAACUCAGGCAAGUUCCACCCGUUACAUCACCGUCCAUAACAUCAUCUGUCACUCUUUCAUUACCUAAAGAAUCCAUCACUUCUGCUAAGGAAGCUGCCACGUCACACAAGAGAGCCCGGAACCGCAAGGCUGAUUCCAAAGGCACCUAAGGUCUGCUGGAGGGCAAUGUGGUCUCUUCACCCACCUGUGCUGAAGCAGUGAGAGCCGGA